UCUUCCGCGUUUUCCCGGAUUUCAACCACAGUCCUGAUAUCAUCGUGUCCUCGCCCUGCACGUUUUUAUGCUCAGCCCACCCUCACAACUGACAUAGGCCUAGUUGUAAAAAAAAAAAAUAUUAAAUCAAUUAAACCGGCCUCGCCCCCCUCCCCCUCCGCCUACACCUCACCUCUCCCCCUCUUGUAAAUAUCUACUACUGACUUCCUUCUCCACAUGCAGCAUCGGAAAUCUGGGCCCCGGCGUACCGGCUCCAGCCAUGUCGGCGAGGAAUACAGCGGCUGGCGGCGGUGACGGAGCGACGGGGGAAAGGACAGGAGAUGCAUUAGAGGAAGAACCCCAGGGCCUCUCUGUCUCUCUCUCUGGUCUGAUAACCCCCUCUACAGCCGCUGGUAUGGCCUCAGGCAUGGAGCUGCCCAGGAAAAGGAAAGGCAGCAUGGACCUGGAAACAAAAUCUGCAUCAAAUCUAGAUGAGGAUAUGGAGGACAAUCAGGGCAGAUUGGAAGGAGACGACCAUCACUUAAAAAUUAAAUGUAUCAGGGAACCUCACAGUCAAAUUGAGAAACGACGGCGAGAUAAGAUGAAUAACCUGAUUGACGAAUUGGCAGCGAUGAUUCCCACCUGUAACCCCGUGUCUCGUAAGCUUGACAAACUCACUGUGUUACGAAUGGCUGUCCAGCAUCUUAAAUCACUCAAAGGUGCGACCAGCUCAUUUGCAGAAACCAAUUACAAACCUGCAUUCCUCCCAGAUGAUGAGCUUAAACACCUUGUCCUAAGGGCUGCCGACGGAUUUCUCUUUGUGGUUGGCUGUGACCGUGGAAAAAUAGUCUUCGUCUCAGAGUUGGUUUCAAAAAUCCUGAAAUACAGUCGAACGGAGUUAAUUGGGCAGAGUCUGUUUGAUUACGUUCAUCCCAAGGACAUCGGUAAAGUGAAAGAACAGCUGUCUGCCUCUGAACUCUAUCCACGGGAGCGCCUCAUAGAUGCCAAAACGGGGUUGCAGGUGCAGGCUGAGCUUCCUGUCGGAGCGGCUCGGCUUUGUUCCGGGGCCCGACGCUCCUUCUUCUGCCGAAUGAAGUACAACAAAAUUACCAUCAAAGAGGAGAAGGACUUUCAGGCCAGUGCCUCAAAAAAGAAAGAGUCACAGCGGUACUGCACCGUGCACUGUACGGGCUACAUGCGCACCUGGCCCACACGUCAGCUGGGCACUGAGGGGGAGGCAGAGGCAGAUAAAGACAGCUCACACUUCAGCUGCCUGGUGGCGGUGGGCCGCGUGCACCCCCAUACCCUCCCCCAAGCCAACGGAGAGAUCAGGGUCAAGCCCACCGAAUUUGUCACUCGCUACGCCAUGGACGGCAAAUUCACCUUCGUGGAUCAGCGAGCCACCACUAUUCUGGGUUACUUGCCCCAGGAGCUUCUAGGGACAUCCUGCUACGAAUACUUCCAUCAGGACGACCUGCCGCAUUUGGCGGAUAGACACCGAAAAGUGCUGAGGAGUAAAGAGAAGAUUAAGACAAAUUGCUAUAAGUUUAAAACGAAAUUUGGCUCUUUUGUCACCUUACAAAGUCAGUGGUUUAGUUUUAUAAAUCCCUGGACCAAAGAAGUAGAAUACAUAGUGUCAACCAACACGGUUAUAUCCAGUAAAAGUAAUCCAGGUGGAGCAGGGGAUAAAGCUGAGCAGCCGAGCAGUUCCAAGGCCUCUGAGGAUGAUGCCAAGAAGGCCCAACAAGUUCCAAUCAUCCCAGGGAUCUCCAGUGCAUCAGGCACCAUAUUUUACGCUGGGACCAUUGGGACCCAAAUUGCUAAUGAGAUAAUGGACUACAACAGGAUGAACUCCUCACCAUCCAGUGGCAAUACAAGUCCGUUCAGUUUACUGCAGGACAAGUCUCCACUGGCCCUUGCUCAGGCCAGCAGCAACGUGCCAAAUGGGGAAGUAACAGACAUGGAGAUGCCCAGCAAUUCAAACUCGGUGGAGGAAGAGCGGGGCGGAGCCCUUACAGCGGCUGAAAAUCUCAUGGAGGGUAGCUCUCAGCUGGAUCUGGAGGGGGUUCCUGGGUUAAGCGCUCUGAGCACUGACGAGGCAGCCAUGGCGGUCAUCAUGAGCUUAUUGGAGACCGAUGCCAACCUGGGUGAGGCUGUGGAUUUUGACGAGAUGCACUGGUCUCUGUAAACACGCGGCUCCAACACCAACCUUUUUCCUUUGUUUUUAAAGACCCAUGUUAUCUGGAGCUUUUUAAAAGUACCAUCCAUUCAUUUUCACCGGGCAGCAGGCCUUUGACAAUUCUCUGGCUUUUUAUGUUUUAAUUUAUUUGUUUUUUUAAUGCAUCUGGACAAGCUGCAUGGCAGAUCAUCUUGAUGACUACCCUUGGUGAAGGAGAACAGAGGUGAACAGAACUCUUCUCUCACUUGGUUUCUGAGUACCUUUAGCUGAGUACCUUAAGCAACAGGACCAGGUUUUAUUUGGUCUAGUUUGCAUUUCUUCAGCUCAGCUCAGCUCAGAGGUCACUUCUGCCCCCUUGGCUAGGAUCAGAAGAUUAAUGGCCCAUUUUGCCAUGUCGAGAAACAUGCCCAAGCCAUAAGGCAAGAAUCCAAAUCAUCCACUGUGCUCCAGUGGUGUAAGGGUUUCAAAACUAUUCCCUUAGUCAAUCAACACUUGAACUAUGUAUCAGUGUUUUAAGGAGAAGCUGGACUGAGAUUUUUUUUAUAUAAACAUAUUGGGAUUCCUUUGGCAAGGGAAACUAGGUUGUUAUUUUACUCUUUUAAAGCUGAAGACAUCUUGAAUUCAAUGUUUAAUGAUGAACAAGAGUGGAAAAAUGUAGGGGGGGGGGGUGUAUUGCCGAGCAUAUAAUUAUUUGUCAAACUGAAGUACUUGAAAAGUCUGUGUGGAAAUAUUGCAAAAUGGAGGAUCACCGUUAGGCCUGAUAUUUUUUCCCUUCCUGGUCUAUAAACCUGUGUGUGAAUGUGUGCAUUUCCCUUAGAUAGUUUGUGCUGCCAGUGCUACACUGCUGUUGAAAUAGUGUUGUAGAUCUGCUGUUGUUAAGACAUGUUUGCAUGAGAGGAGAUCAAUUACAGGUAAAAUGGUGAUGGAAACUCUGGGCAGAAGUCCAACAAAUCGUUCGCAAAUAAGGGCAGGGUCUCAGGGAAUAACGGCGUGAUAACCCCUUAUAAAAAUCCGUUAUAAAACUCAUCAGCCAAGUACCACUUAUUUUACACUUGGCAAUUAUUCACCCAAAAAUGAAAAUGUUGUCAUUGUUUACAUGUAUAACUAUUGUAAUAUAAAGGAUGUCCUGAUCACUGAUUUUAAUGCCAUGGCAGUUGAUAGUGACUUUUAAUAUUCCAAGUCUUCUGAAUGUAUACAAUAGGUUUUGGUGGGAAAUUACCAGAAUUUAAGUUUUUACAGUGAAAAUCUCAACUUCUGCCAUGGCUCUCCAUAUGAAGCGCAUUAAUGUGUUCACAUGAGGACUUCCGUUGUUUUUGCUUUCGCAAGGUUAAAGCGUGAGAAGCGAGCUUCUUGCAUUCAUUUAUGAAUGCACAUAGAUCGGUGGCGGAAGUCAAACUUUUCACUGUAAAAUAACAUCAAUCACUGGUUGUUUGGUAAUCAUUCAACGGGACAUCCUUAAAAAAUCCCCCUUUUGUGUCCCGCAGAAGUGUUUGGAAUGACAUGAUUAUGAGUAAAUGAUGACAGAUUUUUCAUUUUUGGGUGAACUGUCCCUUAAAUGAUUUCAAGUGUGAAAGCUCAUGUUAGUGUUAAGAUGGUGUUGAAGACUUGUUCAGGGGUUCAUUCUUUAAUCAGGUCUUAGUGGUCAGUUGUGUGCAAAAAGGUAUUGCAUGCCUAUGUGACCAGCAUUUAGCAGGUGAGGGUUGUUUGAACUCUUGAAUUAUAUCCCAUAAUCCUGUUUUAAGUGAACAACUCCAAAAUACUAAGUAUACUAGUGGUGAUAGGGAAAUAUAUUUGUUUUUCUUCUUUUUUUAAUACAUGUCACAAAUCUCAGACAUGAAGACAUCAAACUUAAAGGAGACCUAUUAUGCCCCUUUUUUACAAGAUGAAACAUAAGUCUCAGGUGUCCCUGUGAAGUUUCAGUUAAAAAUUUCCCAUGGAUCAUUUAUUAUACCAUGUUAUAAAUAACUUCUUUUUUUUUUUGGGUGGAAUCAAAAACACGCUGAUUUCGUGUGUGUCUCUUUAAAUGCAAUUGAGCUGCUGCUCCCCGCCCCCUUUCCGGAAGAGGUCUGUGCCUUUUCAGCUCGUGCUUCGGUUACUAUAGCAACAAUAAAUCAGGACCAAUAUUACUGACAGCAUAAAUACCGGAGUUCAGGCAGGGCUAGACUGGGAAGAGAAAUCGGCCUGGGAUUUUACAUAGCAGCUGGCCCAAAAGUUGUUGAAUUUGAGAUUAUUUGCAGUCCUUUUCUGCAUAUCGCGGUGCCGUUAUGUGGUUCGUUCUGCAUAAAGCGGCGGCUCAUUUUAGCUUAUCGCAGCUGACCCACCGGCAUGCUCUGUUCUCCCAAUGGCCAGUCCGCCUCUGAUCGGGCCCAAAGUGCAUCGGCCCACUGGGAAAAUGCCCGAUAUGCCAGAUUACCAUUCCAGUUUGUCCACUGCGUCUUCAUUGGCUCUGAUGCUGGGAGUACAUGAAGAUUAUGUUCACUUUUACAGCCAACAACGGAACACUUAUGAUGCUUACGAAGCUGAGACAUUAUUCUUCUCACUGUAUCUGCUCCAGCACGGGAAACAAUGGCGGACUGUGUGUAGAUCACUCAGGGGAGGAGGGUGGAGUCCGUCACCAGUCGUGGGCGAGGCCUGCUCUAAAGUGAUGUCACUUUAGAGCAGAAACAAAAACCGUUCAUUUUGACACACUGUUUUUGAUUAAUAGAAAUAUAAGAGAGUAGUGGGUGGACUUUUAACAUUGUAGGGUGUUUGUGCACACACUGCCAACUCACAUUUAUGUACAAACACCAUGUAAAAGUGAAUUUUGCAUAAUAGAUCCCCUUUAAAGGAAUUGUUCACCCAAAAAUGAAAAUUCUGUUAUACUUUACUCAUCCACAUAUUGCUACAAACCUUUAUGACUUUCUUCUGUUGAACCCCAAAAGAGGUGUUUUGAAGAAUGUUUACCCUGCUCCUUUUCAUAAACUUGAAAAAUAUAGUGACCAGGGACUGUCACGCUAAGGACAAAAUAUGACUUGCAUAGUACAUAUGACUUGUUUAAAACUUGGUUUGAAUUGUCGUUGAUUUGCGCAUGUCUCUAAUCUGGUUACAUUGUACCAAUAUCCAGAAGUGAUUUGGAAGCUACGGUUUUCAGUGAAUAACGACUUAAAUUUCGAUCUGUUAUAUAGCUUCAGAAGUCAGGAAUAUACUGCGCAAGACAUGUGGAUUACUUUUAAGCAGUUGGUUGUAUACAAUUAAGAAGUGAUUUGUUACUGUAAUUGAAUUACUUCUUAAAGUAAUGUAAUUCUUGUAAUCAGAUAAGUUACAGACUUUCAGUAAAAGUUAUAACUUUUAAGUACAUUUCUAUGGUAAAGCAAUAUAUAUAAACAUCUUAAAUAUUAAUUCAUAUGUAUGUCUGUUAGUGUUUCUGUUAUAUUUGAAGGGUGUGCGACAGUGAAUUAGUGGAGAAAAAUAGACAUUUUGAAUAUAAGAGGAAACCCAAAUCGUUUUCUAGGGAAAGUGAUUUAGAAAGUAAUGUGAUUUAGUUUUUAGAUUAAGUAACCAUUAAAGUGAUCUGAUCACAUUUUAUAUAAGUCAUUAUUUAUUUGUUUUACUUUUUGGGUGCUUUUGGAGAUUGACAGCCCCUGGUCCCUAUAUGUUUUUGUGAUUUGGAAAAGAGCAGUGUGAAGAUUCUGCCUAACUUCUAACUAUCUACUAAUAUUCAUUUUGGGGUGAUCUAUCCCUUUACUUGAGUUAAACUGAACAAAAGAGACCCAAGAAUAUGUUUUCACAAAAAUAUUAAUAAAUAAAUAGCAUGGGUGGGGCCUGGGUAGCUCAGCGAGUAAAGAUGUUGACAACCACCCCUGGAGUCGCGAGUUUGAAUCCAGGGUGUGCUGAGUGACCAGCCAGGUCUCCUAAGAAAUUGGCCCGGUUGCUAGGGAGGUUAGAGUGAUGUGGUAACCUCCUCGUGGUCGCUAUAAUGUGGUUGUACGUGAAGUUGUGCAUGGAUGCCACAGAGAAUAGCGUGAAGCCUCCACACGCGCUAUGUCUCCGUGGUAACACACUCAAGCCAUGUGAUAAAAUGCGCAGAUUGAUGGUAUCAGAUGAGGAGGCAACUGAGAUUCGUCCUCUGCCACCUAGAGGACUUUUGGGUCGCAUUGGGAAUUGGACAUUCCAAAGGGGAGAAAUAAUUUAAUUUUAAUAAAUGUAAAAGACUGUAUACUUUGAUGCAGGAGUAUUCAGCUUAUUUUCACAAAGGGCUAGAAUUUUGGAAACAUACAGUGUGCCAGCUAAUUUUGGCAAAAUGGUGUUGGCUAUUGAAGUGAUUGUCUUAACCUCAAUUGCCCUUUCUUAUAACUCUUCUUAUAACUCCAUAUUUAUAUAUAAAGUAUGAUAAAAUGAUUCUCUUUCUAUUUCACUCUUUCUAUUGUUUUCCAAAAAAUAUGUUCUGUCAUCUGACUUCCCCAGGAAAACUCUGUAAAUUCACAUUUCAGCAUGGCGUUAUGUCAGAUUUGCAAAUUUUCUUCCUAAAUUCAGCUUCCCUUCUUACUGGUGACUUUUUGUUCAAAGAGGAUCAGCACACUGACCUGCUUUACUGUGAUGGUGCAAAUGUGCCACAGGAGUCUAAUGGCCUUGCGCAAUGGAAAGUGUGAUUCUUCUCAAUAUACCAAAACAGUUUGACCGCAGAGAUAUUUCUAGUACCCUUAAAGGUAUAGUUCACUCCAAAAUCAAAAUUCUGUCAUUAUUAUUCACUAUCUUUCUUUAGUGAAACAAAAGGAGAUGUUUUGCAGAAUGUUCAGUCUCAGUCACCAUUCACUUUCAUCAGCAAAUUGAAAAUCAAGCAGGUUAGGAACAACAUACAAAUGAUGACAGAAUAUAAUUUUUUGCUUGAACUAUCCCUUUAACGCUCCGCUGCCCUGUGUUGUCAGAUGUGCUGUAAUUCUGCGAUGAUGGUGUGAGCUGCUUUUAGAAAGCAAAAAAAAAAGUCUGCAUAUCAUCUUGUCAGUUCUGUCACAUGCUGCCAAGAGCUUACUUGAAAUGAGGAAUCAACCCUCCCCAACCCAUCCAACUGCAUGUACUCCCACAGAGAAAUAAAAUGCAGAAAAAAAUGACUGUGCACACUAUUGAUUUUUAUCACAUGUAAGUCUUGCCAUGGUCCCUCUGCAUCCCUACGCUUGGCUUAGGCAUUUCCUUUAAUGUCACUGAAAUAUAAUGGGAUCAACUGUAAUUGCUUUGUGACUAGGAGAAGGCUCAUGUCACACAGAUGGCUAAGCUGUAUUAGCCAAUCAGAAUCCUGGUAAGAUGGCCAGUGAGGGUUUUUAUUAGGCAGUUGUAGCCGUAAGCUCAAGAACGGCUGUUCUGUCCACCCAAGCAUUGUGUAUAAGCAUUGAGCUGUGCCAUAACUGCAGGCUGGUCCUAAAAGGUAAAGACAACAUUUUGAUUUUUGGAUUUUUUUUUAAUCAUAUUUUCGUUCAUUGUUUCCAUUGGAAUCUGCAUUUUAUGCAUCCACUCCCCCGCAUAGUGUCACUGGUGUUAAAUGUGACUAUUCUUUUUUGAAGUGUUGUUCUGCAAUUGCACUUGGCAGAAAUUAAGUACUGUACUUUGUGUAGAACUACAGACCUUUUCCCCUUCUACUGCUUUUGUCCUAAUUUAACAUGUCUCACUCUGUGUAGCCUAAACAGAAAUUGUCUUGAUUUUGUAUUGUUCAAAUAAUAUCAUGCAUGCCUUUUUUGUGUAUCCUUUGCUUAUCUUUUGUUUCUUUGUUGUUCUGUUAGUUACCUUAGGGUAUUGGAUAAAGGUUUUCGCCUUAUAAGACACACAAAGACUUGCUCUCUUUCUCUUUAUUUCUGUCUAGAGUGGUUUAGAUACUAUAAAGACUGUUCAUCUACUUGGGUCUUAUUGGUUCAUAACUUCCAUGAAUAUCUUGGUCGGGGAGCAGCCUUUGGGUUAAGCUACAGGUCUGCAUGCAUGCAAGGCUGUUAUGGAAGGGAGGCAGGUUCCCCUUUGUCUUUGGCUUAUCUCCUGCCCCUUUUGUUUAUCAAGUAUUUGUAUGACGACAUCGCUGCUGCUGUCAACAGGUCUGGUUUGUCGCAGAGACUCCAUCUCUCCAUGCUGACAUGUAAAAAGAUUCUUUAAUAAACAUUAGUUUCCUGUAAAUCAGUGUGGUCUUUCAUGUAUGACAACCAGUUACCGUCACAGAAAUGCUUCACAUUACGAGACUGGAAAUCUAACACUUUUUCCUUCACA